UUGUUGACAGAGUAAAUAAAAAAAAGACGCCCCUGUAACAGGGCUUGAAAAAAAAAUCAUACAAAACCAAGAGACAGAAAAAGAAAAAGAAGAACAAGAACAAAAAAGGAAGAAGAAUGAGUUCUGGAGUAAUAUCUGAAUAUGGCAGCUUCUGUCUACAGCUAAAACCCCAUCAACCACUCUCAACAACAAGUAGAAACCCAUCAUCUAAUUUUGUUUUCUUCAAAACCUAUUAUUCAAAGCCAAAUCUAUUGCUUGAAAACCAUGGUUUCAAGACAAAAGCCACCAUUAAUGAACAGAAUUUCUUGUUGUCAGAAGAUGAUUUGAGUUUUUAUCAACUAUUGGGUAUUCCAGAAGGUGUAAGUUUUGUUGAAAUUAAACAAGCUUAUAAACAAUUAGCAAGAAAGUAUCAUCCAGAUGUUUCACCACCAGAUCGUACAGAAGAGUAUACAAGAAGAUUUAUUCAGGUUACAGAAGCUUAUGAGAUAUUGUCUGAUCCAACUAGGAGAGCCAUGUAUGAUAAGGAUUUGGCUAGAGGUUUACAUCUUGCUUUCUCUGCUCGAAAACGAUAUAAUAAUCCGAAUUACCACCAAAAUGAUGAGGGAUUGGAUAACAGAGGUGACUGGAAAAACCGUUGGCAAUCUCAGUUAACAGGAUUAAAGAGGAAAAACAUGAACCAGGCUUCAGGAGAAAAAAUGUCAUGGGCUGCUCGAAUGCGCAAGCUAAGAAAUCAACCAUCAGGAGAAUGAUAAGUACUUAAUUUUCUUCUCGUGUUUGUGUAUAUUUUUCCGCUUUAGUUGGAUUAGAAGAAAUUGAAUUUGAAAUACGUAAACAAAUCUCUUUUUCAUUCUUCCCAACCCAUAUGUAAUUAGAAUCAACGAAUUGUACAUAACUAGAAUAAAUGUGUCUGUUAUAUGUUUACAUCUUUUUUUUAUUUAAAUGUCGAGCCGAGUUUUUCAUUUCCUGAAUGUGAUCUGAACUGAGUGUCAUCUGUUGUUCUUGAACGCAUUGAUGUUGAAACUGAUAGAUAUGGUUUGUAAGAA